CAGCCAGGCCGACUUCACCUUCACAAUUACCCAAACCUCGCCAGGUGAACCAGUUUUCGGUUUUGUUCGACAUCAAGCAGCAGCCUAACAGUAUUUGGGUGAUUUUUUUUUGAUUCACUGGCCUAGACUUAACGAAAAUGAGUGUUGAGUGCAACGGAGAACUCUACUUCUAUCCUCCUUUCACGACUAUGUCGAAGGAGACGAUGACGGUUCAUAAUCCCAAUGCCGAACCCGUCAUUUUCAAAGUGAAGACGACCGCUCCCAAGCAGUACUGUGUCCGUCCCAAUUCUGGUCGAAUUGAGGCUAAUUCUUCCUUAAAAAUACAAGUACUUCUUCAAGCCUUCAAGGAGGAGCCUCCUGUUGGUUUCAAGUGCCGUGACAAGUUCCUCAUUCAAAGCAUGCUUCUGGGAAACGAAGACACCCAAGGAGUCGAAAAUUACCACGAGUUUUGGGCCGCUAUGGAGAAGCGUCCUGGCGUCAAGAUUCACGACCGUAGAAUCCGUUGUGUGUUCUCCACAACCCCUUCGACCGCUGCGGGAGAAAACGCUCCUCAAGCUGUUUCUGACGCUACUACUUCCACGACCGCUGCCACUGCUACUCCUGCUGCUACGGCUCCAGCUCCGGUUCCCGCUCCAGCUCCUGCUCCUGCCCCAGUUCCUGCUCCAGUCGCUGCGGCCAACUCUUCGUCCCCAGCAGUGCCCACCAGCAUUCCCUCCGAGCCUAUUGAGGUUCCAUCGAAAAAGGAGGAGCCCGUUGUCAAGAAAGAGCAAGUGCCCGUGGCACCUGCAGCUGCCGAUGCCAUUGCUCCCAAGACCACUCUUAGCUCUUCUCACGUCUCCCAAGUGACCAAGGAGCUCGACGUUCCUUCUGCUGCUUCUACACAACCCAACGCCGCCGCUACCACGUCUGCUGCUCCCAGCAGCGGUCCCACCUUCGCCUCCACCGAUGCCAUUGCUCCUUCAGCCAUUGCCUCCACCGUUCCCGACCUCGUGCAAACGGUUGUGGACAUGGAUGAGCCUCAGGCUCAGGAAGAGGAGACUGUCGUCCCCAAGGCUGCUCCUGUGGAAGCCGAGCCCGAGCCCGAGCCCGAGGACAAGCGCGAGCUGCCCACUACUCCUUCUUUCGCUCCCGAAGAGGAGAAGACGAUCAAGGAGAGCGACGUUGCUUCCCAAGCUGAUGUCGCCAAGGGAACCUUGGAGACGAUUGAGGACAAAAUGACUUCGGCUGCGAAUGCCGUUCGCUCUGCCGUUCACGGAACCGCCCAAAAGGUAACUGAGUUGGGUGAAGCUAGCACGACUGCCGUUGCACAACCCGUCGAGGAGUUGGCCGAAAGCACAGGUGUUGCCGCCAGCGUCAACGUUCCCGAGCCUCAGACCGCGGAGGAGACUACUGCUACUACUAUUCCUAAUGCUUCCACCCUCGGUUCUACCGCUCGCGAGUCCGCCCAAGACGCAGCUCUGACUGCAAGAAGAGUGGCCUCGGAACCCGCCAAAGAAACACCUGUCCCUGCUGUUACCCAAACUCAAGCACAAGCUGCUGCUUCCGCCCCUCGCGAUACUCAAGAAAGACAAACGACUGCACAAUUGGCUGCCGGCAACUCCGAGAACACCGUUGCUGGUGGCAUAGAGCCCAAAAUGGUUGCUAUUCUUUGCUUUAUUUCGUUCAUGAUUGGUUAUCUAUUUUUCUAGUCAGCUUCUUAAUUGAACACGCUUGUCGUAUCGUUGCAAGCGGGAAAAGCGUGCGAGAACAGCACCCUCUAAGCUCCCUUCCUACACACCAUUCGAAGCCGGAAGCCUGUACUUUUUGGCGCUUCAGACGUUUUCUCAGCGGUUGCACACGAAAAGGGAAAAGACGAAUUCUUUCCCGUCAACUGCACGGUAACUGUUGCACCGCACUGCUCCAGGAUGUGCUACACUCGCUCUCUUAAAUGACACAUGUCCUGAAGGAUUCUAACCGUGCUUGUUUAUGAAAUUCACGUCGCGGUCUCUACACUCUUUGCGUAUUUUGAUGCGGCCGACUAAGACUAAGCUACUUGCCUAAUACUACUUAUCCAAUUCAAUUGCGGGGGGGACGGGGGACACGAGCGCCGGUGGGGUGUGCGGCGUAGGAGGG